AUGGCCAGCACAAACAAGUCGCACGCUACAGGCGGAUCCAAGGUUCCUGGAAAGAUCCAAGAGAAGGUUCCCAAGGGCGUUGAAGAAAGCCUCCCUGAUUCUAUUCAUCCCACUGGUGUAACUUCGGACGGAUCUGACAAGACACAUGCUAAGGAUGGUGGGGAAGCAUCUAUUUUGCCCAAGAAAGUUCAAGAGAAGGUUCCCGAGAAGCUUGAGAGAGCUAUACCCAACAUCAUUCAUGACACUGGAGAUAAAUAG